AUGUCAUUACAAAGCAAUUUUGGCUCCGUUUAUCCACUAGAUGUUGCCCCAGCGCAUGCGCAACAGAAGCCUAUGCCAGCUAGUGGAGCUUCUGCACAGAACAAGCCGAUUCGGCUGGCCUUAGCCUGUAAGCAGUGCCGAAAGCGCAAGGUUCGCUGUGACGCAGACCAGCCGAAAUGCCGUAACUGCAGCCUCAGAGGGGAUGUCUGUGAAACGGUCGAUCCCCGAAAGUCCAGCGAGCUCCCUGCCGUCCGCCGACGCGCCACAAAACGCUGGCAGUCGAAGGCUCCACAAAAGGUGUCGAAGGACCUGUCGCCGGCCCAGCCUUCACCAAAUACGGUUGCUCUAGGUGUAGUCAGCUCUAUAAAUUCUGUGCUUAACCCGACCGGCCCUGCUACGGACAGCUUGGUGGGUCAAAUUUCGCCGAGUGUGAGGUGCAUCUCGAGGAGCGCCGCCAUACCCGGGUCUACAUCGAGUUCGGCAUCCUCAUCGUGGCGCACGAAUCAAAGUGAGAGAUUAGGAGAAGACCACUUUUCAUGGCAGUCAAGGGCGUAUCAGGAGAGCACUGCUGCUCACGUUCAAGCAGUCACACCAGGGCAUGAUUUAACAAAGCAGGGCUCAGCCGAGACACCUAUGACACCAUAUGAGGAUGUGGUUACGGAUAGCACAGAAAGAGUUAAGCAUUUGGGCGCGAGUAGUGUACACUGCCUGUUCAAUUUCGUCGAUCUGCACCUGGCAAGUCUCCAUGGGCAUCUGAUUGCCAUACCGUACGUGACGAGCGUGCAAGCUCUAUUUGUUUUGACUCUUGCGAUGAGAUGUGUUGCUAAGGAUGGCCAAGCAUGGCAUAUCGCCGGUCAUGCAGCCCGUAUGGCCCAGUCUCUUGGACUGCAUAAGCCGGCUGCGACAACAUCCUCUACACAGGGCUUUACUCUUGGUCGCGAGCCUGAAACACUGCAUGAACGGCUUUGGUGGUCUUGUUUUGCUUUAGAGAAGCUAAUGCAGCUGGAGUGCGGCAGACCAUCCAUCAUUGAAAGAAGCUAUGAUUCACUCUCUGUCUACUAUACCUUCGACCAAAGGUCGGGCCAGAGUCUCCCAUACUUCAGGUCAUGGGUCGCGUUGAGUAGCAUCAUGGGUCGGAUAUCUAAUUGUCUGUACUCGCACAGGUUUCAGGGCGGAUCUGCUGAGAUGCUCGGCGUGGUCACAAAACUAGACCAGGAGCUCUUGGAGUGGGCAAGCUUGCUGCCGGAUCCGCUCAAGCCUUGGAGUACAUCUACGGAGUGUGCCAGAGAUGAGCAGAAAUUAAUUGCGACCUUUCUUUCACAACAGUACUACCACGCGCAGCUCAGUGUCAUGCGUGUUGCGGUCAUCUUCCCACAGAAAAGUCUUGAGCGAGAGGUGAUGAAGAACAAGAACGACUUACCAAAUUAUUUUCGGCUCUUAGACGGCGCAUCAAUCUGCGCAAAUGCGGCACGAUCAAUUGUGGCACAGUCGCUUCACCUAGCUGACAGUCGUUUGCGAUCAAUGCUCCUCGCAGCCUCUCCUACUUAUCUAGCCGCAGUAGUGCUUGCUCUCGGUGUCCUACAACAACCUAGCAGCAGGCUUGUCAGAUCCGACGUUGAGAUUUUAGCAUCUGCCACUGAAUUUGUUGAGAGUUGGUAUCUUCAUCGAGGCUUCAGUUUUGCUUUUACUCAGACAUGCACUCAACUGCGGGAACGAGUUGUGUCCAUCUUCAAACGGCCCGACAGCAGCGUUCAAGAUCCUCAAACAGAAACCACAGCCCUGUACGGGUUUGAGACAAUCGCCGGCCAACAUCGCUGGCCAGACGCCACAAGAUCAAUUAAUCAUUCGCUGCCCUCGGGAGGCCAGGGUCCCCAAGGCUUUGAAGCUUCAGAUGCAACUAAAUUGAGUGCCGACAUCUUUGGGAACUUUGAAUUUGAAGACCUCUGGACCAUGACAGAUUUGGACCUUACGAUACAUCACGAGAGACCAUCUAGCGUUGAAACUUGA